UCAGGGUUAGCAGUCUUCAGAGACUGAAACCCCUCGCAUAUCCAAAAGGUGACACGUUUGUUACUCCAGUCUUACGUUUGAAGUUUUCACUUUUUUUUUUAAAUAUUACAUCCGUUUUAUGCGAAAUUAAAAAUCGUCGAUGCUUUUCAGUAACGGCCUCAUGCGUAACGAUUAAUUUUAAUAAGAUCGGGUCAUGUUCCUUUCCCCUGGGCCGUUGUCUCUCAUGCGUUUCCGAGAGAAUAAUAAGUGAAAAAAUGAUCUUUCUCUUGAAAUUCAGGAGGAAAUAUGGGAAUUUGUUAUUUUUUUGCUUUAUCUCCCUUGUCGGCGUGUGGAUUAUCUGGACUGUCCGGAUCGCGUUCAACCCCGACGAUGGAGGAGAGUCAUCCAGACUUGAUUAUUGGAUGAAGAGGGGGCUCUGGAAUGAGAAACUUGAAGAAUGGCUAAAGAGAGACGAAGCCGAAAUAGUUCCUCAUCUCGGUGAUAACGGAGUGCCGGCAUAUUUGCCCAAGGAAGAGGAAGACUCUGCAAAACUUGUAAUGGAAAAGGAGGCUUUUAAUCUUCUUCUUAGCAAUAAAAUCCCCUACAACCGCACCCUUCUUGACCCUCGUCAUCCAAGGUGUGCACUUAAAAAAUACUCUGAAGAUCUUCCAACCACUUCCGUAAUUAUUAUAUUCACUGAUGAGAGAUGGAGUUCACUGAUCAGAACAAUUCACAGUGUUCUUGACCGAACUGAAGAUAAAUAUUUAGAAAAUAUUAUUUUAGUUGAUGAUGCAAGUCAACAUGAUGAGUUAAAAGAUAAGCUCGAUUACUAUAUUGCAACUAGGCUGCCUAGGAAAGUUAAAUUGCAUCGUUUGGCAAAACGGUCUGGUUUAAUCAGAGCACGCUUAGAAGGUGCUAAAUUAGCGACGGGUAAUGUUUUAGUCUUUUUAGAUGCUCAUUGCGAAGUGACAACCCAAUGGUUGGAACCACUCUUGGCACGCAUUAAGGAAAAUAGGAAAGCCGUAGUAGUACCGAUCAUUGAUGUGAUUGAUGAUAAGACAUUCGAGUAUCAAAACAAUGGGGGAAGUUUUAAUUUCGAAGUGGGCGGAUUCACUUGGAACGGGCAUUUUACAUGGAUUCCAGUUUCAGAAGAAGAGAAAAUUCGAAGAGGUUCGCCUGAAGCGCCAACAAGAACUCCCACAAUGGCUGGAGGGCUUUUUGCAAUGGAUAGAAAAUAUUUUUGGGAUGUCGGCUCUUACGACGACGGUAUGGAUAUAUGGGGCGGUGAAAAUUUAGAAAUGUCUUUUAGGGUAUGGCAAUGCGGAGGAAUUAUCGAGACAAUUCCAUGUUCUCGAGUCGGUCAUAUAUUUAGGUCGUUUCACCCGUAUAAAUUUCCCCAUUCUAAGGAUACACACGGUAUCAACACAGCACGAUUGGUCAAAGUAUGGAUGGAUGAAUAUCAGCGUUUAUUUUUUGAACACCGUCCUGACUUAUUAGAUGAAAAUAUUGGUGACAUAUCAGAAAGGCUUGAACUGAAAAGGAGACUUAAGUGUAAACCAUUUUCUUGGUAUUUACAAAAUAUUUACAAAACGAAAUUCAUCCCGGAUGAAAACGUUCAAAAAUGGGGCCAGGUUUUCACAAUAAUAAAUAACAUGUGCCUGGAUAACUUACAACAAGACGAAGAAAGCAGGUGUACACUCGGAAUGUUCCCUUGCAACCAUCAAGUCGUUUCGACUCAAUAUUUUUCACUGAGUAAUGACGGCGAGUUGAGAAGGGAGUUUACGUGCGCUGAACGCGAUUUGAAAAACAACGCGGUUGUACUCGACAAGUGUAAAGGCAGUGCCGAGCAGAAAUGGCAGUUAAACAAGCACGGUCAGUUGAUUCAUAUAAUGUCCAACUUGUGCUUGGACAGUGACAAGGACGAAGCAGGUGCGGGGCUUGAACUUAAGACAUGUAAUUUUAAGAAACUCACUCAGAUCUGGCAAUGGAGACACUGAUAUCUCUUACGUUAACCAAAAGACUGGAAAACUGUACGAUUAAAGCACUUCCUUUAUAUUAUUAGAACUAUUUUCAGGGAAAAAAUGAUUUUGCAUGUUUAUUGCCUUUUAAUUGCAAUUAUAUCCGUCCAUUUGUUAUGAAAUUUUAUAUUCACACACUUAUAAUAAAAAUAAUUGUAAAUUAUAGUUCUGCUUUUGUAAAUAAAUUCUAUUUUUUCUAUA